CUGAUAGGAGGAACCCUUUAUAAUACAGAAGCCCUGAGUUUACGCGGCAGAUCUCAACUAGCAUUUCUCUUGACCACUGCUUCUUUCCUGGACGAGUGAGCGCUUGUCCUAGCUGUGACGCUGUGAAGCUAUAAACAAGCUCAAAACCGAGUCACUUGCCGCGCUUCGGCGCGGCUGAGCAUUUGUCUUGAACUAGUCUUCUCGUGAGAACGCGGUAGCAGCAGCCAUGGGCGAGGACAAGAAGCACGAGGAUCCUGACAAGGAUGCCCCCAUCAAAGCGCUGGAUGAGACUGAUAUCGCUUUCCUGAAGAACUACGGUUUGGGGCCCUACGCUGCUCCCAUCAAGAAGGUCGAGCAGGACGUCAAGGAUGUACUCAAGCGCAUCAACGACGUGUGCGGCGUGAAGGAGUCGGACACGGGCCUAGCGCCGCCCAGCCGUUGGGACCUGGUGUCGGACAAGCAGAUGCAGCAGGAGGAGCAGCCGCUGCAGGUGGCUCGCUGCACCAAGAUCAUCAACCCCAACACGGACGACGCCAAGUACGUCAUCAACGUCAAGCAGAUCGCCAAGUUCGUGGUGGGGCUGGGCGACAAGGUGGCUCCCACCGACAUUGAGGAGGGCAUGCGGGUGGGCGUGGACCGCACCAAGUACCAGAUCCAGAUCCCGCUGCCGCCCAAGAUCGACCCCAGCGUCACCAUGAUGACGGUUGAGGAGAAGCCCGACAUCACAUACAGCGACAUCGGCGGCAGCAAGGAGCAGAUGGACAAGAUGCGCGAGGUGGUGGAGCUGCCCAUGCUGCACCCCGAGAAGUUCGUGCAGCUGGGCAUCGACCCGCCCAAGGGCGUGCUCAUGUACGGCCCGCCCGGCACCGGCAAGACGCUGCUGGCGCGCGCGGUUGCCAACCGCACCGACGCCUGCUUCAUCCGCGUCAUCGGCUCAGAGCUGGUCCAGAAGUACGUGGGCGAGGGCGCGCGCAUGGUGCGCGAGCUGUUCCAGAUGGCCCGGUCCAAGAAGGCCUGCAUCGUGUUCUUCGACGAGGUGGACGCCAUCGGCGGUGCGCGCUUCGACGACGGCGCGGGCGGCGACAACGAGGUGCAGCGCACCAUGCUGGAGAUCGUCAACCAGCUGGACGGCUUCGACGCGCGCGGCAACGUCAAGGUGCUGAUGGCCACCAACCGGCCCGACACGCUGGACCCCGCGCUGCUGCGACCCGGCCGCCUGGACCGCAAGGUGGAGUUCGGGCUUCCCGACCUGGCCAGCCGCACCCAGAUCUUCCAGAUCCACACACGUACCAUGAACGUGGAGCGGGACAUCCGCUUCGAGCUGCUAGCGCGGCUGUGCCCCAACUCCACCGGCGCCGACAUCAGGUCGGUUUGCACGGAGGCGGGAAUGUACGCUAUCCGCGCUCGCCGGAAAACUGUGACGGAGAAGGACUUCUUGGAGGCUGUUAACAAGGUCAUCAAGGGCUACCAGAAGUUCAGCGCCACGCCCAAGUACAUGAUCUUCAACUGAGAGGCAGCGGCGUGGCGUGGUGUGGUUUGCCAAUGGCGGUGGUGGCGGCGGCGGCGGUGGAUACGGCGGAUUCGGCGGCUGGGCGCGGUGGUGGUGAGGAGGUGGAGGUACGGGGAGGUUAAGGAACGACGAGUUUGGGGGCGGCAGUGGGGCCUGGUCACGGCGACGGCUGAUCGUGUGGGCGAGGAGACGGCGCGGCGCCCGGGGAUGAAUGGCCGUGGAUGGGAUGGGCUAUGGGCCGUGCCCUGAGGUCGCCAGUGUCCAGGCGGAGGUGGCCAGUUCGGUGGCCAGUUCUGGUAGUUGUGGGUUGUGAUGUGGCCUGGCCCCCAAGCAUAGGACAGGCUAAGCGGUAUGCGUGCGCGCGCAAAUGUGGUAGGCGCUUGUAGCAAGCGCAACUGUAACUCCAAAGUUUC